AUUCCAAUCCUUCCCCAUCUACAUUCCUACCUACUCAUCAUCAUAUCCUAAAGAAAACGAAAAAUGAGUUUUGAAGAUUCUCUUCAAUCAACCAUGUCUUCCACUUGUAGCUUCUUGUUCUUCUCUUUCACCUUUCUAUUCUCCAUCUUUUCUCUUCUAAUCUACAUCUCAAGAAUUAAACCAUGGUGUAAUUGCAACACAUGCAAAAGCUACUUAACAAUGAAUUGGUCAAAAAACUUCACAAAUCUAUGCGAUUACUACACUCAUCUUCUUCAAAACUCACGAACAGGAACAAUUCAUAUCCACGUUCUUGCCAACACAAUAACCUCAAACCCACAAAACGUCGAACACAUCCUCAAAACAAAUUUCAACAACUACCCAAAAGGUAAACCAUUCUCCGCAAUCCUCGGCGAUCUUCUCGGCCGUGGAAUCUUCAACGCCGACGGCGAUUCAUGGAAGUUUCAACGGAAAAUGGCGAGUCUUGAACUUGGAAGCGUCGCGAUUCGCUCUUACGCUAUGGAACUCGUUACUGAAGAAAUCAAAACCAGACUCAUCCCAAUCAUAGCUACGAAUAUAGAAAACAAUGAAACUUGUUUGGAUUUACAAGACAUUCUUAGAAGAUUCUCAUUCGACAACAUUUGUAAAUUCUCGUUUGGUUUAGACCCAUGUUGUCUUGUUCCUUCACUUCCUGUUUCCAAUCUUGCCAACGCUUUUGAUCUCGCUUCGAAGCUUUCGGCUGAACGUGCAAUGACGGCGUCACCGUUAAUAUGGAAGAUGAAACGUUUCUUUAACGUUGGGUCGGAGAAGAAGCUUAGAGAAAGUAUUAAAGUGGUAAACGAUUUAACAAACGAGAUGAUUAAACAGAGACGAGAAAUUGGCUUUGACUCGCGAAAUGAUCUUUUGUCUCGUUUUAUGGGUUCUUUGAAUGUAAACGAUGAUGAAUAUUUGAGGGAUAUUGUCGUUAGUUUUUUAUUGGCGGGUCGUGACACUAUUGCUUCUGCUUUGACCGGGUUUUUUAUUUUGUUGUCAAAGAAUCCAAAUGUUGAGGCUAAGAUUCGGGUUGAGUUGGACCGAGUGAUGGACCCGGUUCACGAGUGUGCUACUUUUGAACAAACACGUGAAAUGCAUUAUGUUACUGCAGCAAUUUAUGAGAGUAUGAGGCUUUUUCCACCGAUUCAGUUUGAUUCGAAGUACGCGAUAGAAGAUGAUGUUUUACCUGAUGGAACUUUGGUUCGUAAGGGAAGUAGGGUUACGUAUCACCCAUAUGCGAUGGGUCGAAUGGAAAAGAUCUGGGGACCAGAUUGUUUGGAAUUCAAGCCAGAGAGAUGGUUAAAGGAUGGUGUAUUUGUACCAAAAUGUCCUUUUAAAUAUCCGGUUUUUCAAGCGGGUUUGAGGGUUUGUUUGGGAAAGGAAUUGGCUAUAGUGGAAAUGAAGUCUGUGGUUGCCGCACUAGUAAGACGGUUCGAUGUUCGAGUUGUUGAACCAAAUAGAGAUAUUCGGUUUGCACCGGGUCUAACUGCCACAUUUAGAGGUGGUUUGCCCAUCAAGGUUUAUGAAAGAACAUAUAAUGCUAAGAUUUAGAUUAUACAUUCAACUAUAAUAACUUCAUUAAAUUACAUAAAAUGUUUAUGUGUGAAUACUAUACAUACUUCCUCUUUUAUAUUAAGAGACACAUUUAAAAUAUUUGUUUGCUUCAUGUAAUUUAUCAUCUUAAAAUAUAGUGAAAAAUUAAUUAAAUUUUAAAUUUAUAAGAUCCUAUUUUGAGGGUCCAAGUAAACUA